AUGGUCUUAUGUUUAAGGGUUAAGCUUAAGGUUACUGAUAGUAUCAGGGGAUCCUUGGCAGACUCAUAUGCAGUACUCCCUCAAUACUGUACAACCUUGCUUGCAAGCAACCUUGGGUCUGUAUUGAAGCUGCAUGCCCCACUUGCCUCAAAAGAAUACACAUAUGGGGUUUUCAAGAGAGUCUUCAUAUGCCUUGUAGGUCCAAGGGAUGGGUUCUUGAAUGGUUGCAAAAAGAUAAUUGGGCUGGAUGAAGUUGAAAGCAGAGACAAUUGGACAUGGUUCUUAGUUGAGUUAAGAGAUUCUCUAGGUAUUGAUGACCCACACAGGUCGACAUUUAUGUCGGAUAGGAAGAAGGGCAUUGUUGAAGCAGUAUCAUGUUGCAUGACUAGUGCAAAUCAUAGGGGCUAUUUACGGUAUCUAUAUAGCAACUUCAAAAAGCUAUUCAAGGGGAAGAUUGGGGAGGCCAGAGCAAUGUUGAUUGUUGAGAUGUUGGAAGACGUAAGGAAAAGAUGGAUGCAGAAGAUUUAUUAUAGACACAAGGCAUCCGGUGCACUUAAGUCUGAUUUGUUGCCUAAAGUGCAAGCAAUCAUUGACAAGAGAUCAAGGGAAGCUAGGUCUGUUAGGAUUUUCCAAUCAGGGCAAUAUGUGUUUCAAACACUUGGAGGUGACUUGGUUGAAAAUGUCACCAAGAUUGAUUUAAUGUCAUGUACAUGUAAUGUUUGGGAUAUAAGUGGCCUACCUUGUACUCAUGCACUUGCAGUGCUUAGUUUUACAAGAGGUAGGGUGGAGGACCUAUGUGACAAGGCCUUUCACAAGGCAACAUAUGAAAAGGUGUACAGUCAUUUUAGUCAUGCUCUACUGGGACAGAAAUAUUGGCAAUAA